AUGGAGACAGACCGCAGUUGGAUGUACAGGAGCCACACAAACGGGCUGCUAACCACAGGGUAUAAGGAGCAUGUGAAGGAGUUUGUCCGGUUUGCAUUACGGCAUCCGGCUUGUAUGAGUGGGGUACAGAUAAAAUGCCCCUGCCCUAAGAGAGGUUGUCGAAAUACAAGCUAUCGGGAUGUCGAUGAGGUGGAAUUCCAUCUAUUGAAGAAUGGGUUCGUGAAAUGUUACCAAUUACCAGAGCAGGAUGUUGAGUUCGACUAUGAAGAUGAGGGGCCAGGUGAGUUCAGUUCCGCUCAAAGAAUGAUUCUUGAUGCGGCCGGUCCAGAAAUAACGUUUCCUGAAGAUGAGCUCCCGAAUGCUGAAGCUCAAAAAUUUUAUGAUAUGAUGCGUACGGCUGAAGAAGACAUAUGGCCUGGGAAUAGCAGACACUCUCCAUUUUCUGCAUCUGCUAAAGUGAUGGAGAUCAAGUGUCGACAUAAGGGUUCAGUAUCUUUAGUUGACGACGUAUGCGGAUUGAUACAGGAGCUGCUCCCGGAGGACAACAAGAUGCCAACGAAUUUUGCUAAAAUUAAGAAGCUGGUCAAAGGUUUGGGGUUGCCGGUUGAGGUUAUUGACUGUUGUUUUUAUAACUGUAUGAUUUAUUGGGGGGAGGACGCGGAUCUAACGCACUGCAAAGUGUGCAAUUAUGCGCGGUGGAAACCUGUGACCCACGGAAAAUCCACAAAAAGAAAGGCUAACGUGCCAUAUAGUAAAAUGUUCUAUUUUCCAAUAACUCCGAGGCUACAGAGGUUGUACGCUUCGAAAGCCACUGCUCGGCAUAUGACGUGGCACGCAGACCACGAGAUGGAUGGUGAUAAGAUGUGCCACCCUUCCGACUCUCCGGCUUGGAAACGUUUUAGUGAACUUCAUUCUGAGUUUGCCGAUGAAGGGAGAAAUAUCAGAUUAGGCUUAUGCUCCGAUGGGUUUCAGCCAUUUGCCAAUUUUGGGCAGCAGUAUUCCUCGUGGCCGGUCAUUUUGACGCCGUACAAUCUUCCCCCAGGCAUGUGCAUGAAGGAUGAGUUUAUGUUUUUAACGGUUUUGGUACCGGGGCCUAGAAAUCUGAAACACCUAAUGGAUAUCUUCCUACAGCCACUGAUUGCAGAGUUGAACCAACUGUGGGAAUGUGGAGUCCAGGCAUAUGACGUUCAUAAGCGUCAGAAUUUUCAACUAAAAGCGGCUCUUAUGUGGACAAUAAAUGACUUCCCCGCUUAUUCUAUGUUGUCUGGUUGGAGCACUGCUGGUAGAAAAGCAUGCCCGUACUGCAUGGAAAACACCGAUGCAUUCACACUGGAUAAAAGCGGUAAACAAUCGUGGUUUGAUUGCCAUCGCAAGUUUUUGCCUCCGAAUCACCAAUUCUGUCGAAAUGUUACUGAUUUCCGUAAGGGGAAACGAGAGGUCGGCAAAAGGUUUGCAGGGGUGAGAACUGGAGAUGAACUGUUAGCAGAGAUUGAUCGACUGGGGUUUAAGAAGGCAUUUGAGCCUGGUGCGAAAGUUACUAAUGCAUUACUGUCAAAAGAUCAUGGGUGGAAUAAAAAAAAGUAUCUUUUGGGAUUUGCCUUAUUGGAGAACGAAUGGUUAGCUAAAGAUCCGGCAACUGGGAGAUUUCCAAAGGCAAUGUAUGCUUUGGAUAGGGAUUCAAAACGAGUUUUGCUUGAGUGGAUUCAGAAAAUAAAGUUUCCAGACGGGUACGCGUCAAACUUGUCUAGAUGUGUUGAUCUAAAGGGGCUGAAAAUGCAUGGAAUGAAAAGUCAUGACUGCCAUGUUUUUAUGCAACGACUUCUGCCAAUCGCUCUUCGGGAGCUACUUCCGAAAAACGUGUGGGAGCCUCUAACAGAGUUAAGAAGAUCUAAACCGUAUGGAAACUGA